CUCCAGUUAGCACACAUUGAAGUCUGCUCCGGUCACUUACUACAAAAUGGCUGCACGAGCUCCUCCAGCCGCGACGACGACAACCUGAAAACACUGAGAAAAGAAGCGGUAAUUACGAGUCAAGAACCGUUUGAUGGAAGACAGGAAAAGGAAAAGGCAAGAAGACAAGAAAAAGAAAGAAGCUCCGCCGAAGAAGGAUACCGAACAGAUAACCAAAGUGCCAGACUUUGUCAAGCUCGACCCCGUCCCUCCUGUACCCCCUGCUGAUCCCACCGUCACCCCGCCGCCGGUACCCCCAAGCAGUGGCGAUGGCAAGCGUGGCCUCUGCGGAGGCCAACUUCAAACCGCCCCACAGACUCUCCUCCAGCCGCGCCACCCGGCCAGCAGAGAGGUGCCCCCGCGCUUCCGCCAGCAGGAGCACAAGCAGCUGCUGAAGAGGGGUCAGCCACUACCUCCCGGCACCCUGCCUCUUGUUGCUGCUGAGCCCGCAGCAGCAGCAGCUGCCAUACAUUGUGACCCCUGUUCAACCAACCUGCCUACAGAACUGCCCCCACAGAGCAGCCUGGGAGAUCAGUAUGAUAAUCCCCUCUGGGGACACCUGCCAGCCGACAGAAGUGCAGCGACUUCCUCUAAUACAAGUUGCGGCGAUCAACUGAUCAUUGACCAGAAGGACACAAAGGCUUGGCCUUCUAUUACUCUUAGCCAGAAGGCCUCUCAAGGAGGAUGCAUUUUUAAAACUGACCCUGGUCACCUGGCCAGCAGCAGUAGCACUUGUAGUACCAUUAGUAACUGUAGUAAUAGUAGUAAUAAUAGUGGUUGGUAUUGUAGUACGAGUAUGGCCACUGGGGCCAAUAGCCAGACAGGCCACUUUCCUGUCAACCACCUAAGCAGUAAGGCCAACACUGGACUCAGCUCUGCCAAUCAUACUGGAACCAACAUGCACUCAAGCCAGGUUGCAGCCAAUCGAAGCUGGGGUUCUGGGUCUGGCCCCUCUCAGUCUUCAGUGGGCAGUGAAGGAAAAACUGACAGUCCAGCAGCAGGAGGAGGCAGCAGCAGAGCAUGGGGCUCUUCAUCAUCCUCCAACACCAACUGUAACUUGAACUUGAGCCCCAAUGCUAACCCAUCUGCCUGGCCUGUGUUGGGCCAUGAUGGGUGUGGCGCGGGGGCAGGCAGCUCAGGGGGAGCCAAUAUCAUUUCACCUCCUCAAUCGACACCCAACUUCUGUAAUCCCACUGGCCCCCCUCCAUCCCAGACCAGCACAUAUACUGGAGCCAACACCAACAGUAACUCCUCGGGUAUUGGCAGUGCCUGGGGAGGUAUAGUGACCUCUGAUGCAUCAGAUCCACACCCCUCCCCAUCCACAAAUGUGUCUUUCAGUUCAGAACCUCAGAACCUUAAAACUGAUGGACCAAAUCACGUGAAUAAGCAGGAACAACCGAGUCCUAUCCGCCACAUGCUUGGUUGGGGCACUGCAUCUGCAGGCCUGGGUUCAGUGGGUCAACAGCCAUCAGGUGGAAAACAGGUGAAUGGAGAAGAUAAUACAUUGGUAUGGGGUAUGAGUGGUGACUCAAAGGCACCUUCAUCUAAGGAGUUAACUGGCUGGGACGCUGGCUGGGGCCAUGGAGGAAGUGGUUCAGGAAAUACUGGAGGCUGGAGUGAACAGUCCAGUGGUGACUGGGGCAAGAAGCACACUGAGGAGGCCCAAGGAGGUUGGGAUGGCCCCAGCUCUCCACCCCAUGACACACAGCCUAGUUCUUGGAGUAGAGCUGUGAGCACAACUGGUGCAAGUGAAGGAAGCAGUGACAGCAUGGAAGGACAUCCAAGUUCUAAACAACAUUCAUCCAGCGAAACUCCUGUUCCUCCUUUGCCUGCCCAGGAUCUAGACCCCAGGGUGUUGUGUAAUACUGGCUGGGGACAGACCCCUGUUCGUCAGCACACAUCUUGGGACAUGGACAAUACUAAAACCAAGAAUGACAUGGGCGCAGAAUCCUGGGACUCUCCAACUGUUCCAAGCGAUGCCCAGGGGCCCUCCAAUACUAACAUGGGUCCUCCUCAUAGAACUGACUCUGGGAGCAAAAAUGAGGUGCCUGCUUCUGAGGGAGCUUCUAGUUGGGGAGGAAACAUGGCUCCUACCAACCAAACCAACUGUGGUUGGGGAGAUCCACCUAACAACAUUAAGCCCCAAAGUGCUCCUGGUGGCUGGGGAAAUCCACCAAAAGCAGGGCCUACAUCUGGUAUGCCCAAGAAUAGUGGCCAAUCUUGGGGAGAAGAGAAGUCAACAGGGUGGGAUGAUUCUCACAGUAAGCCACAAUCCCAGAGUUGGGGAGAGCAACCCAAAGCAUCCCAUAGCAGUUGGGGAAGUAGUGGUGGGAACAAUUCUGCAAAUGACUGGAGAGAACCAGAAGAGAGCAAAAAGAAUACACCCAACUCCACCUGGGAGGGAGAAACAGGUGGCUGGAAAGAAAAUCCUCGAGGCUGGGGCAUGCCUCCUUCAGGGCCAGGAAUGUCUGGAGGUAACGGGGGCAGGGGAGAGCCUGUUAGCCAGCGUCCCAGGGACCCUUCCCAGGGUUGGGCAGGAAAGUCUCAGGAUGGGCCCAGUGGUAACACCGGAGCGGUCAUGAGCUCUUGGGGUGGAUCUGGCUCUGUCAAGCAGGGUGGGGGACGGAACGGCAGUAAGCAGGAGUCCUCAGCUGAACCUACAGGGUGGGAAGAACCCUCUCCGCCCUCGAUACGACGCAAGAUGGAGAUUGAUGACGGGACCGCCGCUUGGGGUGAUCCUAACACCUACAAAAAAUCUGUGAACCUGUGGGACAGGAACAAUGCUGGGAUGUCCCAAGCGAAAACUCCCACUGGAGGCAAUAACCCACCGGGUACCAGUAGCAGUCAUCCCCACAAUCCCCACAAUCACGGUUAUCAAGGACCACCUGCACCUUUACAGAAUCACACCCAAAAUUCCCAAAACCUAGGUCCUGCCAGUGGGCCCAUGGAUCCUGCUGUGCAGCACCAGUCCGGGUCAUCUCACAACCGGGCUCCCCUGUUAGCGCAAGGUUGGGGAGAACGACCCAGCUCACACGCAAAAUCCGAAAACUCAUGGGGCGAAACUACACCUUCACCAGUCAGCGUGGACAAGGGGACAUCUGCCUGGGGUAAAUCAACUGGGGGCUCCAUUGGCUGGGGAGACGGCAACUCAGACCAAUACAGCAGGGGGAACACAGCAAUGACUUCUGCAUCGUGCAAACUUGCCCCCAAACCUAUGCAAGACGGAUGGGGGGGCGGAGGUGAUGAGAUGAUGCUUUCAGGAGGUCAGUGGGAUGCUGAGGAGGGAGAAAUGUGGAAUAGCACAGCCUCUCAGGAGAACAACUCCUCCACCAACUCAUGGGGGAACACAUCCAAAAAGGUCCCACAAAAGGUGAAGAUUCCGGGAAAGCCGGAAGAUGCCUGGAUUAUGAAUCGUCUCAUUAAGCAGCUGACAGACAUGGGUUUCCCGAGAGAUCCGGCAGAGGAGGCUUUGAAGAGCAACAACAUGAACCUGGACCAGGCCAUGAGUGCCCUGCUGGAGAAGAAGACAGAACUAGACAAGCGGGGGAUAGGGAUCGCCGGCCACGACUACAACGGGCUUAUACACAAACCCAUGAGCUGUCCUCGGCCUCCACUUCUCUCCAAAGAACCCUCAGCAGACCCUCGCUCGCCCUUCAUGGAUAAACAAAUGCAGGGUGGAAUGUUUGGUAGUGGUGGAGCAGCACAAGCCCGGGCCAUGCCUCAGCCGCCUCCUCAGCCUCCAGUGCCGCCUCUCAGCUCUUCUCAGCCUAGUCUACGCGCUCAAGUGCCUCAGUUUCUCUCCCCUCAGGUUCAAGCACAGCUCUUACAGUUUGCAGCAAAAAACAUUGGUCUGAAUCCUGCACUUUUAACCUCACCAAUAAACCCUCAACAUAUGACCCUUCUGAAUCAACUCUACCAGCUGCAACUGGCUUACCAGCGUUUACAAAUUCAGCAGCAGAUGUUACAGGCGCAGCGCAACGUUUCUGGACCCAUUCGACAACAAGAGCAGCAAGUUGCACGUACAAUCAAUAACAUGCAGCAGCAGAUCCAACAGCACCAGCGUCAGCUGGCCCAGGCUCUCCUAAUGAAGCAACAGCAACCUUCCCACUCCCACUCAGGCCUACAUCCGGGCGUGACCAAAUCCAGCAUGGAUUCCUUUCCAGGACACUCCCAGGCUAUAGGCCACCCUGACCUGCAGACCAAAGAGCCGCAGUCAUCUACCAACCCCUACAGCCCCUAUUCUCUCUCUGGACUGAACACAAACAUGAAUGUAAACUGCAUGGAGGUGGGUCUGUCUAUGAAGGAACCACCCCAGCCCCAAUCGCGCCUGUCCCAGUGGACGCACCCCAAUCCCAUGGAAAGCCUCUCUGGGAGCUCUUCUCCCUUGGAACCCAAUUUGAGCAAGCACAGUGAGGAAGAAUCAAGAAUGAAAAGCAUUCAAGUUGUGUACAUUUCUCGAAACAUAUUGUUUCCAUCUUUAGGUACCAACCUCGGCCCCCCUGGUAAGCCUCCUCAGCUGGAUGACUCUUACAGCCCCUAUAGCCUGAUGUCCAGCUCUGAGUCUCCUUCCAGCCCCCUGGUUCCCCCAGACAGCUGGGGACAGGGGAAGAGUAGCAGUGACAAGAUGGCCAACGGGACCAACAUCAACUGGCCACCAGAAUUUUGUCCCGGUGUGCCCUGGAAGGGUCUCCAGAAUAUCGACCCGGAGACAGACCCCAAUAUGACACCGGGUAGUGUCCCGAGUGGGCCAACAAUCAACACAAACAUCCAAGAUGUCAACCGCUACUUGCUGCGAGACAGGAGUGCAGGCUCUUCUCCCACUUCAUCUCAGAACGAGGCUCUGCCUCCCUCUUCUGAUUGGUCAGUCAGUGCCUACACUAGCUCAUUCAGUCUGUCGUCCCCGGAGACAGAUGAUACAGGUAAACUGUCAGAGAUGAAGUCCACUUGGUCUCCAGGUCCCAUCUCCCACAGUCAGGCCUCUCUGUCCCAUGACAUGUGGAAGGUUCCACAGGGACCCCGAAGUAGCACGACAGCCCCGUCCCGCCCCCCACCUGGUCUCACCAACACCAAGCCAUCCUCUACGUGGGGAGGGAACUCUCUGGGUCUGUCCCAAGGCUGGAGCAGCUCAUACACCACAGCAGGCACCACCUGGAGUACAGACAGCUCCUCCAGGACCAGUAGCUGGUUGGUCUUGAGAAACCUCACUCCACAGAUUGACGGUUCAACUCUGCGCACACUGUGCAUGCAGCACGGCCCUCUCAUCACAUUCCACCUCAACCUGACACAGGGCAACGCUGUGGUGCGCUACAGCUCCAAGGAUGAAGCUGCCAAGGCUCAGAAGUCCCUACACAUGUGUGUGCUGGGGAACACCACCAUCCUGGCAGAGUUCGCCGGAGAAGAGGAAGUGAAUCGCUUCUUUGCACAGGGCCAGUCGCUCGGCGGGACAACCAGCUGGCAGGCCUCUCCGAGCAACAAUCAGACGAGAAUGGGAGGGUCCGGCUCCGGCGCCUCCCACCCAAUCGGCCACGCCCCCCACUGGAACAACAACAACAAUGGCGGCGGAGGGACCGGCAGCAGCAAGGUCAGCGGGGAGCUGCUGUGGGGGGGCGUGCAGCAGUAUUCCAGCCUGUGGGGGCCCCCGAGCGGAGAGGAGGGUCGGGUCAUGGGGAACCCCAGCCCCAUCAACACGCUGCUACCUGGAGACCUGCUGAGCGGGGAGUCCAUGUAAGGACAACGGCGCAAAUCAAUAUGGAGAUAAUCAGCAAUGGAGUACCAGUCAAAGUGAAGGGAGAGACGAGAAGAGUCCUCACUGCUCGUCGACUUCUUUUUCUUCUUUGUUUUUUUGAGGAACGUCGCAGUGUUGAGCUUUUUACACUUGGAGACACAGGAAGAUGUCUUUUCCUUCAAAGUUUUUACACAGGUGAACUCGCCGAGUGGAACGAGCUGCCAUCUUUAACUCCCUGCCUUUUUCGAGGCGAUCACACUUGCACCUCACAGACCUGCAAGAAGGCAUCAUUCCCAAAGUUAUAAAAAACAACAACUUGUCAAUCAGAGCGCUGGUUGUUAUUCCUCGGCUGUUCCAGACUCUCAGCACUAAUAUUGGCCUUAACCUCUCGUCCUCCCCAGUCGCCCUGCUUCCCUGCCUCACACUUGCACACCCUUAUCUCUGAGCCAGUGAAACUCCACACGGGAGUCCAUGCUGCUGCGGCCUAACAGAAAGCAACCAGAGCUCCCAUUUACAAACAGUGCUUUUAUUUGAUUAUUAUUACCUUUUUUUUUGUUUUGCAAAGCAAAUCCCCUAACAAAACACUCUCAAAGGGAAUGAUGCAACUCUGUUCGCCUUGUUCAAGCCAUUUAUUUUGUAGUGGGGUUGUUUUUUGUUUUUGUUUUUGAAGCAUUGCAAACAAAUUUAAAAAAUGCUUUUAUUCAGACAUGUUAGGGUUAGUUUAUUUUGUAGGGGGGGAGGUGGGCGGGGCUUACAAUACAACAUGAACCACUGCUAUUACUGUGGAGCUGUAACGACAUCAACAAAUAGUCGCACCUCAACUCGUCUCUCGCAGUUCGGUCUGGGACCUUCUCACUGCUGUUCAAAACCUCAAGACCAGAAUAUCAGCAACGCCCCCACCCGACCCCCGCUCCCCUUUUGUCACGACAAAAACCCAACCAUUUCAAACGAGGUGCAAUAUAAGCCACAACAGACUGUAAACCGUCCAUGCUCCCGGCUGAUGACCAUAAGAGAAACCACAUUGAACUCCUAUGUGACCUACGUGCAGCGAGCGCCACCCCCUGACUUACUGCCACUAAUAUACCCCCCCCCCCCUCCUAGUGUGUGUGCGUGUGGGAGCUCAUGAGAGUAGCGAGCUGGUCAUUCAC